ACGUGACGAUUGGCGCCCUCAUCGUGUCUGUCCGUCCACAGUCUCCCUUUUUACACGCAGGACGGUUAGCAUCUGUCGUUCGGCACCAUGUUCCGAGCCCUUUCCCGUGUAUCAACCGCAGGAUUCCGAAGCCUGGCUCGGACACGGACCGGUUAUUCGGCUCCUCUGGCAUCCAGAUGUUACUCCCAUGGCAAGGUGGAGACAGACGAGGAGUUUGAUUCUCGUUGGGUCACUUACUUCAGCAAACCUGACAUUGACGCCUGGGAGCUUCGGAAAGGCAUGAACACUUUAAUCGGAUAUGACCUGGUCCCAGAACCCAAGAUCCUGGAUUCAGCGCUAAGAGCCUGUCGAAGGCUGAACGAUCUCGCCAGUGCCAUUCGCAUCCUUGAAGCUGUCAAGGAUAAAGCAGGUCCCCACAAAGACAUCUACCCCUACGUUAUCCAAGAGCUGAAGCCCACCCUCACAGAACUUGGCAUUUCAACACCAGAGGAGCUUGGAAUUGACAAGUUAUAGACAAGAAGGGCCAUUUUUCACAUCGAGACGAUUCUCCUGAUUACCUCCCAUUGGAAAUGUCUAUAUUAUUGAUCCAAUACAUGCUGUCCUGUUGUGUACAAAAUAAUGGAAAUAAUAAAGAACCUAAUUAGCAAAA